AUGUCGGUGGUGGUGGUGGUGGUGGUGGUGGUGCUGCUGCUGCUGCUGCUGCUGCUGCUGCAGGAACAUGAAGAGGUGGAGUUGCUGCCGUCGCUGCAGCAGCUGCUAGACAAGCGGUACGCAGCAGCAGCAACAGCAGCAAGGCAGCAGCAGCUGGAGACCAUUCACGCGGAGCUGCAGCAGCUCUCGCAAGGUGUUGAUGGGGAGACAUCCUCAGCUGCAACACCCCCGCAAACCCCUUCAGGGACGGAGAGCCCAGAGUCAGUUUCUACAGCAGACGCAGACAGCAGCAGAGAUGAAGCUGCAGAAACUCCUGCUGCUGCUGCUGCAGCAGCAGCAGCAGCAGCAGGAUCGCCUUGUGCUGCUGCUGCUCAAACGCCACAAGCAGACAGUGAAGGCGCCCCACAUACUAUCGCCAGCAGCAGCAGCAGCAGCAGCAGCAGCAGCAACACGAGCCCCAGAUCGCCCGCAGAGCCAAUAGCACGAACACCGGCAGCAGCAGAAGAAGAAGCAGCAGCAGAAGAAGCAGCAGCAACAGCAGCAACAGCAGCGACAGCAGCAGCAGCAGCAGCAGCAGAACACAAAGACGGCGAAUCUCCCUCAGGCUCUGUCAAGAGUAGUCAACCCCAAGAAGCAGAAAAACAACACAAGUCGCAGCAGCAGCAGCAGCAGCAGCAACAGCAGCAGCAACAGCAGCAGCAGCAGCAGCAAGAAGAGGAGGAGCAAGAGGAGCAACAGCAGCAGCAACAAGAGAGCCCGCAGCAACUGCAGCAAUGCGAAGCAUACGCAGACAACGCCGCAUACGAGCUGUACACCGCAGAGCAGCAGCAGCAGCAGCAGCAGCAGCAGCAGCAGCAGCAGCAGCAGCAGCAGCAGCAGCAAAGACGACGCCCUUCUGCCCUCCCCGCUGCAUUGCAGCAGGAAACAUUUUAUGCAUGCAGUAGCCGCAGCGAGAGCGGCAACAGCAGCAGCAGCAGCAGCAGCAGCAGCAGCUACUGCAGCUACUCUGAGCAGCACGUGUUAAUGGGAGAGAAGCCCUGGGUGCAGCAGCAGCAGGAGUUGCAGGCAUGGAAGCCCGCAGCAGCAGCAGCAGCAGCAGCAGCAGCAGCACCGCCAGCAGCAGCAGCAACAGCGACGAAAGCAGCACGAACUGCUGCGCUUGAGCAGCAGAAGCAACAGCAGCAGCUGCAGAUGCAGCAGCCCCUGCAUAAAGUGGGAAAGCAGCACAGGCAGCAGCAGCAGCAACAACAGCAGCAGCAACAACAUCAGCAACAGCUGAUGCUGCAGCAGGAACAGCAACAUCUGCUGCUUCAGCAGCAGCACCCCUGCGUGCUGCUCGGCGAGGAUCAGCUGCUAGAGGAGCAGCAGCUGCUGCUGCAGCACGAGCAGCUGCUGCAGCAAGAGCAGCAGCAGUUGCUGCUGGAGGAGAGGCAUCGACGCAGACUUCAUCCUCAUCGCCGGCAGCAGCAACAGCAGCAGCAGCAGCAGCAGCAGCGGCAGCAGCAGCAGCUGCUGCAGCAGCAGCAGCAGCAGCUGCUGCGAGGGGACCCGCAGCGGCUGCUGCAGCACCAACAGAUGGAACUGCAGCAGCAGCAACUGCUGCAAGACGAGGACCCCGAUGAACGCUAUUUGCUGUUACUGCAGCAGCAGCAGCAGCAGCAACAGCAGCAGCAGCUACAGCAGCAGCUACAGCAGCAGCAGCAGCAGCAACGCGUGCCGUAUGUACCCGAAGACAACACUUGGCUUGGGCAGCAGCACAGCUGCCAAAGGCGGCAGCUUCGAAGGGAGCAGCAGCAGUUGCUGCAGCAGCAACAGCAGCAGCAGCAGCAGCAGCAGCUGGAGCAGCAGCAGCUAGAGCAGCAAUGCUUCCAGCCGCAGCGCCACUGCCUGCAUAGCCGGCAGCAGCAGCAGCAUCAGCAGCAGCUGCAGCAGCAGUCGCUGCUGCAGCAGCAGCAAACAAUGCAGCUGUAUGGUAGACCCGGAACUCCCCUAGGCUGGGAGGAGCUGCAGCAGAUGGAGGAGCAGCAGCAGCAGCAGCAAGAAGAACUGCAGCAGCAGCAGCAGCUGAAGCAGCUGCAGCAGCAACAGAAAAUACAGCAGCAGCGGCAGCUGCAGCUGCAGGAAGAAGAAGAAGAGGUAAUGCGAGAGCAGCAGAGAGAGAUGCUGCUGCACCGCGAAGCAGCAGCAGCACAGCAGCAGUGGCAGGAGCACGGGGAGAGGCUGCUGCUGGAAGCAGCAGCAGCAGCAAAAAAGAGACGGGAGCAGCAGCAGCAGCAGCAACAGCUGCAGCAGCAGCAGCAGCAGCAGCAGCAGCAGCACGAAGAAGCGCUUCCUACGUGCAAUAUGCUGAUGCGCCGAGGAGAAGGCUUCCUAGGAUGGCGCCGACACCAGCAGCAGCUGCAGCAGCAGCAGCAGCAGCAGCUGCAGCAGCAGCAUCUGCUGCUACAGCACCAGCAAAUGCAGCAGCAGCAGCAGCAGCAGUUGCAGCACGAGCAGCAGCAGAAGCGCCACUACAGACACCGAAGCGAGCAGCAAAAGAGACGCAGGCAACCACAGCGGCAGCAGCAGCUUCGCUAG